ACCCGCAGCAGCGAGUCCUGAGCUAGUGGCCCAAAGAAGCCAGUGGGUUAGGCUCUGUCUGGUGAACAGGCUUCAUGGCGGCGCGGCCAGUGUCCAGGGUGCUUCGGCGGGUCCUGAGGUCCAGUACCAGAAGCUGCACCUCGGGGGCUCCAGUGACGCAGCCCCGACCCGGGGAGCCCUCCCAACCUGCCACCGAGUCACUGUCCAGGAGGCAAUUCCUGAGAGAGCAUGCAGGUCCUUUCUCCGACUUCCUCACCGACAGCUUUGGACGGAAACACAGCUACCUACGGAUCUCCCUCACAGAGAAGUGCAACCUGAGAUGUCAAUACUGCAUGCCUGAGGAGGGUGUUCCUCUGACCCCCAAGGCUGAGCUGCUGACCACUGAGGAGAUCCUGACCCUGGCCCAGCUCUUUGUGAAAGAAGGCAUAGACAAGAUCAGGCUCACAGGUGGAGAACCACUCAUCCGGCCUGAUGUGGUACAUAUCGUGGCCCAACUGCAUCAGCUGAAAGGGCUUCGUACCAUCGGCGUCACCACCAAUGGCAUCAAUCUGGCCCGGCUGCUGCCUCAGCUCCAGAAAGCAGGUCUCACUGCCAUCAACAUCAGCCUGGAUACUCUGGUACCAGCCAAGUUUGAGUUCAUCGUUCGUAGGAAAGGCUUCCACAAGGUCAUGGAGGGCAUCCACAAGGCCAUUGAGCUGGGCUACAACCCCGUAAAGGUAAACUGUGUGGUGAUGCGAGGCCUGAAUGAGGAUGAGCUUCUGGACUUCGUGGCCUUGACUGAGGGACUCCCCCUGGAUGUGCGCUUCAUAGAGUAUAUGCCCUUUGACGGCAACAAGUGGAACUUCAAGAAGAUGGUCAGCUACAAGGAGAUGCUGGACACAAUUCGUCAGCGGUGGCCAGAGCUGGAGAAGCUGCCCGAGGAGGAAUCCAGCACUGCCAAGGCCUUUAAAAUCCCAGGCUUCCGAGGCCAAGUGAGCUUCAUCACGUCCAUGUCUGAGCAUUUCUGCGGGACCUGCAACCGGCUGCGAAUCACCGCUGACGGGAACCUCAAGGUCUGCCUCUUCGGGAACUCAGAGGUAUCUCUGAGGGAUCACCUGCGGGCGGGGGCCUCCGAGGAACAGCUGCUGAGCAUCAUUGGAGCUGCUGUGGGCAGGAAGAAGCAGAAACAUGCAGCAUACUCUUGGAUGCUCCAGGAUUCCCCACCAGCCAAGCCGAGCAUUUCUUCCUGGAACCCCUUCUGUGUACAGGGUCAAAGACUCAGUUUCUCCAACCAAAUGGUGACUUUACAAAAAGGAGGCACUGGCUCACAGACCCCUCCCAUUCCAAGCAUUUCUUCCUGGAACCCCCUUCAUGUUCAGGGUCUUAGACACAGUUUCUUCAACCAAAUGGUGACUUUGCAGAAGAGAGGCUGGGUCCUCCAGGCCUCUCCCUUUGCCCAGCAUUUGCUGGGCACCAACUCCCCCCAGAGACACUACUGUUCUCACCUAGACUCAGAUGCCAAACCAGAGUGCCUUAGCCCAGGAAGCCAGGCUCCUGAUUUCCCCUCAGGACCCCAGCCAACAUCAGGCCAGCUAACCCAUGUGGAUGCAGCAGGACGGGCAGCCAUGGUUGAUGUAGGCAGUAAGCCCAGCACACAGCGGGAGGCUGUGGCCUCAGCUGUGGUCCUUCUGGGACCUGUGGCCUUCAAGCUUGUCCAGGAGAACAAACUGAAGAAGGGAGAUGCCCUGGUGGUUGCUGAGCUGGCAGGAGUGCAGGCAGCCAAACUGACCAGUCAGCUGAUCCCUCUGUGCCACCAUGUGGCCCUGAGCUACAUCCAGGUGCAACUAGAGCUGGAUAGUGUGCGCUGUGCUGUAGAGAUUCGGGCAUCCUGCCGGGCCCAGGGCCCCACCGGUGUGGAGAUGGAGGCCCUCACCUCAGCUGCCGUGGCCGCCCUCACCCUCUAUGACAUGUGCAAAGCUGUCAGCAGGGACAUUGUAUUGGGGGAGAUCAAGCUCAUUAGCAAGAUCGGGGGUCAGAGGGGGGACUUCCAUCGAACUUAGAGCCCCCUCACCAAAAGGCCCACCAGGUCCAGGGGUGGAAUGUGG